AUGGAGUCACAUGAUUUGUAUACCAACGGAUUUGGGUGCGCCGGCUGUGUGACAGUUGGUCUGAUUGGUCAGCCGGCUCCAUCAUCAAGUCCUGGAACCUUCACCUUCAGUCUUAACUGGGCGAUCGCCUAUGAGUUGCCCAAUGUGACAGAAGCCACCAUCUACUUCUUACAGAAGAAAUACUAUAAAAGACAGCAUUUACAGAAGAGAAUCAAUAGGAGGGAAUUGUAUGGGAAAUUGGAGACUAUAUUGGAUAAUAUGGGAUAUAGUGGGAGGGAAUGUAUUCUGAAGACGCUAUGUGAGACCACUCAAAGACUAGUCCCGCAUGGAGACAACGUGGUUGAAGAGAUGUUCAGAACUUUAUUCACCAUGCCACCAGCGAAAGUCCUACCAACAGAGCCUUUGGAGCACGCAAUAUAUGAUGCCGCUCACCGUUUGGGCCGUAUCGUCGAUUCCUGCGAUAGAUUCAAAUGUCCAAUCUCAUUGGUGGACUUAAUCAAGGGUUAUUACAAUGCUCCUGCGCCAAAGUGUGCAGGCUGCAUGACAGUCGGUGUGAUUGGUCAGCCGGCCCCAAGCUCCGCUCCCGGUACCUUCACAUGGGGUAUGAAUUGGGGCAUAGCAUACGAGCUGCCCAACGCCACAGAAACCAGUAAGUUUUAUAGAAGAUACAAUCGGCUGUCCAAACCCAUGGCUCAGAGGAGAAGUAGACGAGAACUUUAUCAGAAGUUGGAGAAAAUCAUGGAAAAUAUGGGUUACAAUGGAAGACAGUGCAUUCUAAAAACCUUGUGCGAGACGACCCAGAGGCUCGUACCUCAUGGAGAGAACAUGGUUGAGGAGAUGUUCAGGACUUUGUUCACGUUCUGGCUUCUGAGCCAAUGGAGCAAGCAGCUUAUGAUGCUGCCCACAGAUUGGGCAGCAUACUCUCCAGUUGUGAUAACUUCUCCUGCCCUAUAUCCCUGGUCGACCUGGUGA